CGGAGAGAGUCCAGUGAUACACAGAGAUGUGGAGUGGAUGUUGACAAUGUAGGCGCUUGUUUAGACAGUUUCGCUGUUAUCUUCGUUUGUCUGUCGCCUGACCCGCAACUCUCACUUAAUUCACUCCGAAUUUCACAUAAAGCUACUUUAAAUUCGUUUACACAUCCAGGAACAGACUCAGCGAUGAACUCUGGACGCGGACGAGAACAGUUCACUUGGACGCUUUGAGUAUUUCCAGCGAUGGACAAGCAGAAAGUGCUGGCUCGGCUGGUUUCGGACCUGCAGGCCUUCUUGCUGGUUCUGGACAGUGAGAAUCUCAGUUAUAUUGCUCAGGCCCAGAAAAAAUCCAUCACAGAGCUGCUAUAUAAACUACAGGACAACAAGGACGCACCAGCAGAGGAUGCGGAGUACAUGAUUAUGAACUGUCCCUCUGGAGGCCCCAGUGAUCUCAGGGAAAGCACCACCGCUGAGGCUCAUUCGACGGAGGAAGCUCUUUCAGUCACCUCUACUGAUCGCCUGCAGCCCGGGUCUACGAAUCCUGCUGUUCCCCCAAAUCCCCCGUGUUUAGAGGAUGAGGACUGUUAUGAGGAGGCAGAACCAUUUGUCCCGGCCAGUCAGUCUACAGAUAAAGUGGACUCGGACAGCAGUCACUACGAGUCGUAUGGCGAAGAGGAGGAUGAUGAGGAGUUUGUAAAGGACAGAGCUCACUACAUCCAGUGGAGCUCCUCUCAACCGUGUUUAAGACCUGUGCCAGAGUCACGCAUCUGUGGAUAUCUCUGGAAGAAGAAGUGGUUGGGUCAGUGGACCCGCCAGCUCUUCAUUAUUAAGCACAACUCACUAUUGUGUUUUAAGUGCGCUAAAGACCUGCACCCUCUGCUGGAGCUAAACCUCACGGGUUGUUACGUGGUCUACAAAUCCAAGCACAGUAAAAAGAUGCAGCACGAGCUGAAGGUGGUGGCCGAUGCCGAGACGGUUAUCUUGGGCUUCCAGAGCAACACGCAGGCCGAAGAGUGGAGGAAGAUUAUAGAAGAAGUGAGCGGCUCCUCUUAUUACGAGCCUGAAUCCCAAAGCUCCUUGUCCAUCCUGAGGAGCGAGAGGCUGGACUCUUGCAGGUCAAGUACUGUUCUCCAUACGGACUCGGAUGAAGAGAAAAUCUCAAGUCUUCCAUCUGCAGUUAGCAGUGUGGAAAUCAAAGAUAAAGACCUAGCCGGCUUCCUGAACGUGCUGAUGAACUUUCAGUGGCAGAGUCUGUGGUGUCGGGUGGAGGACGGGGUCCUGAAGAUGUAUCGGGACGAGGCAUCAGAAGAGACCCCUCAGUACAUGGUUCAGCUCAGAGGGAGCGAGGUGCGACCCGGCCCGGAUACAGCACAUGCGUACCGCAUUACCAUCACACAGCACGGGGACCAGGUGGCUGUGCUAGAGGCGAGUUGUGCAGACGAUAAAGAGCAGUGGGUUCAGCUCCUGCAGGAUGGGAGUUCAACUGCAGCUGGUUCUCCAUAUCAACACACCAGCCACGAGUCACUGAGUGGUCUGAAAAGCCGCAGGUUUCCCACCUCAAACAUGUACAUGGACGACCCCUUUCAGCAGCUGUGUGGUCCAUCAGUCCACCCGCAGCCCAUCUAUUCGAACUCAUCCAUACUGGAGCACAUGUUUGAGAAACCCUACUCUGGUGGAAACGGAGAAUUGGUGUCAUCCAAGGAUUCUGCCAACUACAGCAAUAAUGAAAUCUUCAGCAACCACAGUACGAAAAUGUUUGAGAUUGAGAGGGGUGUGCAGAAGCUGGACCUGACAGGAAAGAGACGUGUGCAGUUGCGAGCAGGGUCAGAGGUCAACCUCGUGAGCGUGGGGACGAAGCCAGCUAAACGGAACUCUUUCAGACGCUCCCUCGCUUUCUGCACUGAACGAGCACAGGGGGGCUUUCUGACCCCACUCUUGAGAAGAACUGCCUCAGCAAAAAGCACCCUGAAGAAAGCCCCUUCUGCCCUGUUUAUCGAGCAUGGCAGGGUCUUCCAGAGGAAGAAGGAGUGGGAAACCAAAGCUUCAGAUUGACAUCAAGAGAAGACUCUCACAUCCCCCUCAUAUUGUCAAUAUAAUAUUGCACUGAAAAUAAUAUUCUUUCCAAGCAUGUGGAUCAUGCAGUGGUUUGGAUUUGUAAAGUUUGUGUUCAUUUUUGGGGUUCAUGGUACUUUUAAGAAAGUAACUGACCAAACAAACUCUUUACCAGCAUAAUCUGUCAGUAUGCAAACGUUCAUCGAGUUGCAUGAUUGUUAGGGAGCAACUGCAAAACAUUUUACAAUUGGAGUAAAUGUCUUUUGAGAUGAUGCUGAUGUACAUUUCUUCAGAAAUUAAAGAUAACUUUGACACCAACAUUUCAGGUAUUGAACAACUCUAUGUCUAGACAGUGGCACAUUUAAAUAAAGUGGAGUUUUAUGUUUAUCAUCAUAGCACAGUAUUUAUCCUUAUGUAAAUCACUUUGCACUGUUUUGAACCCGACCUAAACUGUGUUUGCGGUUUGUCAGGAAGGCAUCGUCAUGGUCAAAAUCAGGAAUCGUCAGUGUGAAGAAAAGACAGGAUAUGCGUAUCGCUAACUGAUUAUUGAUUAUUGAAGAGUAAUUACCUCUUUCUUACUUUUAUUUUCACAAGACUCACAAAUCUGUGGUAAUUUAUCAACAUUUGUACUUUUCAAUCCAAUGCACAUACAGUAUAUUAUGUGUCGAGCUUUUCUAAUAAUGUGCCUUAACCGUGUUUUUUAUCCAUGUUUUUUAUGAAGCUUUGUCUUUACAGCUGAAGAGAUUUUGCUGGUAUUGAUCCCACUUCAGGGAAGGGUUUUGUUUCUGUAUAGUUUGGUAGCUUGGUUAAGACAGGAUGGCCUAAUAUUGCUGUACAAAAGAUAACUGUGGAGAACCAAAACACCACUGAUGAACAUAUUUCUACAAUAAACAAAGUAAUG